GCUACUCAGUAGAAACGAAAUGAUCUGCCUUGGAGCCGCAGCAAAAUGCUGGAUGGACACCUACUCCUGGGAUGGUUAUCGUUCACAGUUAUAGUGUACCUUUUCAACUUGCCGGGACCGACCACAGCGUAUUUCGGAUUGACAGGUAAUGAACCCCUGUCCAUCCUACCGCUGAGCUCUCAACCUGAGGAGAACGUGGGAAGGGCCCACUACAAGCUGUGUGACCGGCUCAAACUGGAGAAGAAGCAGCGGCGGAUGUGUCGACGAGACCCGGGCGUGGCCGAGACCCUCAUGGAGGCCAUAAGCAUGAGCGCCCUGGAGUGCCAGUACCAGUUCCGCUUUGAGAGGUGGAACUGCACCUUAGAGGGACGCUACAGAGCCAACAUUUUAAAGAGAGGUUUUAAGGAGACAGCCUUCCUGUAUGCUGUCUCCUCAGCAGGCCUGACUCAUGCCAUGGCCAAGGCAUGCAGCGCCGGGCGGAUGGAGCGUUGCACCUGCGAUGAAGCCCCAGACCUGGAGAACCGUAAGGCCUGGCAGUGGGGCGGCUGUGGUGACAACCUCAAGUACAGCAACAAGUUUGUCAAGGACUUCCUUGGCAAACGCUCCAACAAGGACCUGCGUGCCCGCGUGGACAUGCACAACACUAACGUGGGCAUGAAGGUGAUCAAAGCCGGGGUGGAGACUACCUGCAAAUGCCAUGGCGUCUCAGGCUCCUGCACCGUCCAGACGUGCUGGAGGCAGCUCUCACCGUUCCACGAGAUCGGCAAGCAGCUGAAACAGCGCUAUGAGACCUCUCUGAAGGUGGGCAGCUCCACCAACGAGGCCACGGGGGAGGGGGAAAUCUCCCAGGCCCGGCCCCAACAGGAGCAGCCCCCACCGGGCCCCAGCAAUGACGCGAUCCCACGCACCAUGGACCUGCUCCACAUUGAGGACUCACCCAGUUUCUGCCGGCACAGCAAGUACUCGCCGGGCACCUCGGCCAGGAAAUGCUACAAGGACAAGAACUGCGACGCCAUAUGCUGCGGCAGGGGCCACAACACCCAGAGCCGCGUGGUGACCCGGCCAUGCCAGUGUCAGGUGCGCUGGUGCUGCUACGUCGAAUGCAAGCAGUGUACACAGAGAGAGGAGGUCUACACCUGUAAAGGUUAGCCCACUCGUAGCUUCCUGCUCGCCCCUUGUUGCUGUCAGAAAGAGAGAGAGAGUUCUGCGGCAGAGGAGAGAGCAAGACGAUGGAGAUGGAGAGCCUUUAAAAGCACUUUGAGGGAUUUUCUAUUCUGUGGGUUUUGUUUUAAUGCCCUGUGGCCCCAGCCAAUGGGGAUUGGGGUUGCAGGAGGAGAUUGGCCUUGUCUGACAACAGGGUCAACAUGGGUCUAAUGUUUUCUGGUUGCAGAGUUGGAGCUUUGGAGAAAGGCUACCUCACCUAUUCAACAUCCAGUCAGAUCUGUCGGUGAGAAAAAGCAGCACUUGGCAGCUGUCUCUGGUGAGCAUGCUGUUAAUGAGGAUCCAAUACAAUGACCGUAAUAGUAAAAGACUGGCUUUUGGGCCUUGCCCAAUGUAGAAAUGUGUGUGUGUGUGUUGGCGAG